GGGUGGGCAAACCCAAUCCCAACCCGCACUCCUUUUCAUCUCCAGUGCGGGAGGGAAAACCGCCCGUCCCCAGCUCCUCCCGCCGCCAUGAAUCCCCCGGCCGCCGCCUUGCCCCCGACGAACGAGCCGCUCCGUCGCCGCCUCCUCCGCAAGGACGUAUCCGCGACGCCCAAGAUCCUCCAUGCCCUCCGCAAGAAGGAGGCCGGCAAGUCGCUCCGGCGGGCGAGGAAGGAGGCCGCCACCGCCACCGCCACCGCGCCACCGAAGGAGGACGCGCUGGUGGCAGAAGAGGAGGCCCGCUUCCGCGCGGCCGCCGAGGAGUACCGCGUCCUCAUGGGGCGGCCCUGGCACGGCGCCCGCGGCAUCGUGGGCCCUCUGCGCGCGGUCUCCGGCGAGGACGGGCUCGUCGGCCUGCGGAAGAUGCUCGAGGAGAGGAGCGGUGACAGAUUCCAGUGGCUUCUUGACGGCGACGUAGAAAAUGAGGGGGUGGAGGAUGCCAGGGGACGAGGAGAGGAGGAUUGAGUUGCUGGUCAGCAGGCUCAAUGAAGUGGACCUUAGUUCGGGUGAUUGGAGGCUUACUAGGAUGAUGAAACAAGCUGACCUAAUAUAUAAUGAAGAUAAUUUAUUACAAAUACUCAAAGGGCUCGAGGCAAAAGGAAACUGGAGGCAGGCUGUUGCUGUUACUGAGUGGGUGUACAAUGAGAACAGCUACAAGCAUCGAAGAAGCAGGCAUUUCAAUCUUUGGAAGCCCUCAAAGCCCGACACAAGAACAAGUCAUUCACUCUCACGCAUUGUUGGGUGCUUAUCAAAUAUUGUGCCAAGUUCAAAGACCAAUAUGCCACUCGUAAGAAGAAAGGAGGGAAGAAGGUCGUGGCUGAUGAGGGAGACUUGCUCAAGAGGCCGAGGGGUAAGACAAACUCGAAGGCUGACGAGAGGCGUGAUGCGUCUUCCAUUGCCUUGCAAGUCACUUUGGAGAACAUGAUGAGCCAAAAGGAAGUGAGAGACGGGAGGAGGAGCAAAGGAAAGGGGGAGCAAAUGAAGAUAUGUCUAGAGCUCCAAACGAAGAAGCCUGCCAUGGAGGAGGUCGCACAUAGGAGGAAGCUUGACAUGAAGGAGUCAACGAAGAUGAGGAAGCUUGACAUCGAGGAGGCCGCUCAACUCAAGAAUCUCGAGAUUGAGGCCACCAUGGAGGACACCAAAGCUAAAGAGAUGGCACUUGCGAUCAUGAGCGUGGACAAAGACCAACAUGUCAUCAGAGAGGAAGACUUGGUUCGUGAAUCGGCAGAAGGAGAUGUUCGCCCGCGACAACCUGAACUAGGUGGGACCUCGGGCCGUGGCCAAUGUUCAUUUUAAAGGCUAGCUGGUGUGCCAGCAACUGGCUUUGUUGUCGGCGUAAAAAACUUAUUCAUUUUGAGGGCUGGCUCAUGUGCCGACCGCUAGCUUGUUGCCGACGUCAAACAUGUCCUUUUUGUAGGCUGGCUCCUGCACCGGCCAUUGACUUUGUUGUGGGGGUGACAUUGUAGGGUGAAUAUUCUAUAGGUCGUCGGCUAUGUUGUCGGUCGGCGUGAACUAGGACGAACCACGGUCGCGACCAACAUCCUUGGUUCUCAACGUUUCCAUGCACGGGACAAGAUGCAGCUGAAGAUGCGGCCGCGCAUUGGACACACGGCCGACGCAAACGCAUAUCUAGACGGACAUGGCCUCAGGCCAACUCCAACGCAUGACCCUAAAUGAACGUCCAUUUCAACCGUUUGGGGUGGCAAUGGGGCCGUGUCCGUCCGGAUUUAUGGGUGCAUCGACCGUGCGCCCAACGCGCGGACACAUUUCGUCCGCAUCUCGUCCGUUGUGCAUGCAAACAAAAAGACGUACCUCAAGUUCACGCCAGCGGCCGCGUUCACGCUAGAGGCCGGCACAACAUCCAGCCUUCAAAAAGGACUUACAUGCAGUCCAGUGACGCGGAGAAUCUUGUGUGCCCAUGGACGUGCGGCGGCA